CACACACAUUACAAAUAAUGAGAGUGACAGCUCCUUAAUUUCCUUCAAUAAAAUGGAGAGGAAAGAUGACUGACCAUUUCACAGAGUAUAUUAUGUAUGUAGUGUAAUACAUAGCAGGCAGCAGCUUCCAAUACUCCUCCAAUUUGUCAAGCAGCAAUGGAAGUUCUGCCCCUCCUGCUGAUGAUGUUACCUCUCUUGGUGUCAUCUGGCAACUAUAAUUAUAAUAAUAAUAUUAAUAUUAAUAUUAAGAAUAAUAAUAAUAAUAAUAUUAAUAAUGUAAUAGAGAACUUAAAGAAUCAUUCUUCUUCCCCAUUUCCACCCAACUUCAUCUUUGCAACUUCUUCCUCUGCUUAUCAGUAUGAAGGGGCAUAUUUGAGUGAUGGUAGAAGUCUAAGCAACUGGGAUGUUUAUGCCCACACACCAGGAAACAUUGCGGAUGGAAGCACGGGAGAUGUUGCAGUUGAUCAAUACCAUCGGUAUGAGGAAGAUGCAGAACUAAUGGCAUCUCUUGGAAUCACUGGCCACAAGAUCUCAAUUUCAUGGUCUCGCGUUCUUCCGAAUGGAAGACAUGGAGAUAUUAAUUGGGAAGGGAUCCGCUUCUACAAAAAAUUAAUAAAUGCCCUCUUAUCUAAAGGAAUCGAACCCUUUGUAGCAAUAAAUCAUUAUGAUCUCCCCCAAGUAUUCGAGGACAACUACCGAGGUUGGCUAGGCACUGAGAUGGUGGAAGAAUACGCAUAUCUUGCAAACGUUUGCUUUAAGAAUCUUGGUGAUCGCGUGAAGUACUGGAUGACCUUCAACGAGCCAAAUGAAUGGAUACUUUUGAGUUACCAACAGGGAAUUUGGCCACCCAAUCGUUGUCUAGAAGGUUCAGAAAACUGUACUCAAGGAGGUAGUGAGAAUGAAACAUUCAUUGCAGGCCACAACCUAAUCCUAGCCCAUGCUUCGGCCGUCAAUAUUUACAGGAAAAAUUAUCAGAAAGAGCAAGGAGGUCAAAUAGGAAUUGCAUUAGACUUCUACUGGUAUGAACCAAUAAGCAACUCCACAGCAGACAAAGCAGCAGCUGAGAGAGGCCAAGCCUUCAUAGUACACUGGUUCUUGGAACCAAUCAUGCACGGGACAUAUCCUAAAGUAAUGAAGGAUAUUUUGGGGCCGCUUUUACCGGAAUUUUCAAGCUCGGAUUUGGAAAUACUGAAAGACGGGUUGGACUUCAUCGGGAUCAACCACUACAAUACCUUUUACGCCCAAGACUGUCUGUUGUCUGCGUGUGAAUCUUCCGUGUUGGGGAACACAAGAGUAGAGGGUUUUGUUGGGCGAACUUUGUCAAAGGAUGGUGUUCUUAUUGGGGAGCCGACAGGUUUGCCUACUAUGAGUAUUUAUCCACCAGCAAUGGAGAAAUUAGUUACUUACGUGAAAGAAAGAUACCCAAAAAUGCCAGUUUUUAUAACAGAAAACGGUUACUGUGACCUCACCGAUUCUAACUCUAGCAUUGAAGAAAUAAUGAAUGACACGAAGCGGGUCGAGUACUUGACCAGUUAUCUACGCUCGUUGGGUACUGCCAUUAGGAAAGGAGCAGAUGUGAGGGGAUAUUUUCUUUGGUCGUUGUUGGAUAACUUCGAGUGGACUUUCGGGUACUCGAGGAGGAUGGGGCUUUACAGUGUUGACCGUGUCACGCUAGAGAGGACCCCAAAAUUAUCAGCAUAUUGGUACAAACAGUUCAUUGCAGAAAACAAGGGGGUUGGAGGCAAAAUGCAGAAGUAAUAUUAGUGAAAUGUGUGCUAUUAUGUCUUCCUAUUCUUCAACACUUAAAGGUUUUUGGCUUUCAUUUGAGAAAUGGUGAUGUAAGCUUGCUUAAGUUGUAGUAAAAUCAAUAAAUAUAUUUGCUUCAUAAAUAAGAGGGUUCUUUUGAGUGGUGUAUCCUGGAAUUUGGUAGUUCAAGUUUUUGUAACAUAAAAAUUAUGAUUUUUA